GUGUCUGACUUCACCUCCCUCCAGAUCGACUAGGUUUCAAUAUAUUAGGUUUGUGUGUUAUCCCCAGCGAUGCCUAUGCUCAACUACCUCUACUAUCCACAGAACUAUGCCGCCUUGAAUUUCAAGUUGUCGGACUAUGAUUUCGAUAUGGCUCAGCCGGGGAAGAUGAUAUUGUCAUGCUCCUUCCAUGAUAUCAUUUCCCGACGUGCAUUUGAAUCAUGCACGCGCGCCGCGACACUUCACUGUUUCCAACGCAAGUAUCUGGUGUGGCGUAUUCCCUUAUUUAUGGACUUGGUUAGCCCUCAGGAAUAUCGUGAUUGCGGCGGCGAAGUGGGGAGUUCUUAUUUCCACCGUAUGUUUGUUGGCGGGGUGGGAUUCAAGGCGACCUGGCCAUCGUAACUUGCAGGGCUUCGUGUUUACCCCUCUUCGAGGUCUUUUCUACCUCAUUCCGAGUCCUUACUUGCGACGAGGCGCCUCUGCGUUCAGAUCGGCGUUUUGCUGAAGGUCUUAAGGCGGACGUGUGCCAUUGUGUGUUCUCGUGGGCAACAGGGCGAUUACGGCAGACCACGAUGAGAGCCGUCAAGUCCUUUCUUUGAAAUGGUCAAAUUGCGCUCCCAGGAUCAUUUCGACGUCUUCGAAUACGAUUCCUGCCAGGCCUCGCUUUCAACAUGAGGCAUUCGAACUAUGAAACUUGAGCGGCACAUCCAGUACUUGAAUGGCGGCUCGCUCCACGCAUCACGCAGGCUUCAAAAUAACUUCAUUUCAGAUACGAGAGGAGAGAUUUAGGGCAGCCAACUAGAGCAAGACAAAACAGAUUAGUCAAUUAGGCUAUGGUACCAAGUACGAAUGAAGAUCUCGGAGGCUGGAGUUAAGU